UUUGGGAACACUAUCGUGUGUUUCAUUUUGGUUUGGGUAUGUAAUAUAAUCGCGUCUGCAAACAAUAGCUUUGGUCGCAUCUCUUUAUCUUUUUGCUCAAAGCCUUCUAUCACCAUCACAAUCGGCGACGAAAAGUAAAAUUAUCGGCAGAGUUGGAGAGCAGAGCAUCUUCUUGUCUCCUUAGUGACAAUUGCCUUUCUGGGUUUCUCUUUUCUCGGCGACUCGCCGCUACAGUCAAAGUAAAGUUGCAAUCUUUUCUUUUCUCAGCUUAGCAUUUUGGACUUGGAAGAAGUAAUCUGCUGCAGGGUUGUCAUCUCCGGUAUUAUACCAAGUGUAAUACACAGUUGCUGCUAGUCAGCAGAAGAAAAGCUACGGUGGUGUUAAGACUGUGAUGCUGAAUGUUUGGUGGGCUGGGGAUGAAUCCUUCAAUGGAUGAUAUUAACUUAAUCCAGCAGGCGCAAAGGCACCAGCUUGUCGUCACCAAUCUUGGAGAAGAGAUUGAUUUAGAAAUUGGAACUGGAGAGGACGAAGCCGCUUUCGCCACCAAUUCAUUGAUCGGAGGGACUACAAGGGAGCCUUCCACCGGGGAACAUGAUGAGACAAAGCAUAUGGUUUUGGUAUCUGAUCUUCAGGGGGAGGAUCAAGAUAUGUCUAAAGGGCAGCCGUCGGCGAAGAGAAAGAAGAAAGUUGUUAAACGGUGGAGAGAGGAGUGGGCUGACACGUACAAGUGGGCUUAUGUGGACAUGAAAGAAGGAACGGCGAGGAUCUUCUGUUCCGUUUGCAGAGAGUAUGGUCGAAAACAUCGGAGGAAUCCGUAUGGGAAUGAAGGUAGUAGAAACAUGCAGAUGAGUGCGUUGGAAGAACACAACAAUAGUUUGCUGCACAAAGAGGCUCUCCGUCUCCAAACUGCUUCCAAAGAUAAGAUUGUUGUUGACAAGCCCAUUUAUGUGAAGACUCUUAUGUCGAAGAGUGCUGGUUCAAUUGUGGAGGGUGCACUGAAGCGAGAUCCUAAUGAGAUUGAAUUUAUUCAGUCUGUACAAGAAUCUGUGCAUGCUCUAGAGCGGGUAAUUGCAAAAAAUUCUCAUUAUGUCAACAUUAUGGAGCGGCUAUUAGAACCUGAGCGUAUGAUAGUGUUCCGGGUUCCGUGGAUUGAUGACCGAGGUGAAACACAUGUAAACAGAGGCUUUAGAGUUCAGUUUAAUCAAGCACUGGGACCAUGUAGAGGAGGUAUCCGGUUUCAUCCAUCCAUGAACUUAAGCAUCGCCAAGUUUCUCGGCUUUCAGCAGACGUUAAAAAAUGCGCUGUCACCAUAUAAACUUGGAGGGGCUUCUGGAGGAAGCGACUUUGAUCCUAAAGGAAGAAGUGACAAUGAGCUUAUGAGAUUUUGCCAAAGUUUCAUGGAUGAAAUGUACAGAUAUAUGGGUCCGGACAAAGAUCUUCCGUCAGAGGAGGUUGGUGUUGGUACUCGAGAAAUGGGAUAUCUUUUCGGACAGUACAGACGACUUGCUGGUCAGUUUCAGGGAAGUUUUACAGGACCACGGAUAUAUUGGGCUACUUCUAGCCUCAGAACCGAAGCUAGUGGCUAUGGCGUGGUGUACUUUGCACGACUUAUGCUUGCAGAUAUGAAUAAGGAAAUAAAGGGAUUAAGAUGUGUUGUGAGCGGUUGCGGAAAGAUAGCGAUGCAUGUUGUAGAGAAGCUAAUUGCUUGUGGGGCUCAUCCUGUUACAGUUUCAGAUUCAAAAGGAUAUUUGGUGGAUGACGAUGGAUUUGAUUAUAUGAAACUUGCGUUUUUGAGAGAGAUAAAAUCCCAGCAGAGAAGUCUGAGAGACUAUUCAAAGACCUAUGCAAGAGCCAAAUACUUUGAUGAAGUAAAACCGUGGAAUGAAAGGUGUGAUGUGGCGUUCCCCUGUGCGUCUCAGAAUGAAGUUGAUCAAGCAGAUGCCAUUAAUCUGGUCAAUGCUGGCUGUCGCUUACUAGUAGAAGGUUCAAACAUGCCGUGUACAGCUGAAGCAGUAGAUGUUUUCAGAAAGGCGAAUGUUCUGAUUGCUCCUGCCAUUGCUGCUGGAGCUGGAGGAGUUGCUGCCGGAGAAAUUGAAGUACUCCGUGAAUCUAAUUCAAUGCAAUGGUCAGCAGAAGAUUUUGAGUCUAGAUUACAGGAAGCACUGAAGCAGACUUAUGAGAAAGCUCUUAAAGCAGCUAAUGAUUUCGGUUAUCAGAAAGAGAGUCCUGAGGCUCUUCUGCACGGAGCAACAAUUGCAGCUUUUUUGAACAUAGCUCAAGCUAUGACAGACCAAGGUUGUGUUUAGCUGCUAUAAAAUGAUCCUGCAUCUAAGAGUCCCGGCAGGAUUUCCGUCUUAAAAUCUAUAUCAAAGAUGGCGUAUUGGACUCUCUGUAACAUAUGUCAUUAUUUACAAACUAUAUACUUUGAUAGCAUUAAUAUUUAUCAGCUAUAUAAACAUGGCUUUCGAUUGCUUUAUAUGGUGUUCUUUGACUUCAUAUGUAAAAAGAAUGAAACAUACUAAUGGCUUAUUCUUCAACAAGUUUUCUAAAUAA